CGCAGCCGAGCGCGGUGGCGGCGGAGGCUGUGCCGCCUCAGCCAUGUCCGGCGGGCAGCGGGGCAUGCCGCGCCACGGCGGCGGGGAGCCGGGCGGGCUGCGCAGUUCUGUGCAGCACCCACACUGCUGGCAUCAAGACCAAGAAUGUAGAAGUUGGCAUGAUUCAGAUUCUUUGGUGUUGAAUAAAUGUCACUGCAGACACAUGGGGCAGUGGCUGCACAGCUCUGCAGCAGCGCCAGAACAUUCAGGGCCUCUUUCUAGUUGCUCCAGCUGGGAAGGUAGACUUGAAGAAGGCAGAACAAUGAGGACAUCAGCUAAAAAAAUGACCAAUUCUGUUUCAAGUGAUUCCACUAACCCAGCUGAAAGGGAAACAGAUGAAGUGGUUCUGAGGAGAAGACAAAAACAGAUCAAUUUUGGAAAGAAUACCCUUGCCUAUGACAGAUACAUUAAAGAAGUCCCAAAGAACCAGAGAAUCCCAGGAGUUCAUCCCAGGACUCCCAACAAGUUUAAGAAGUACAGCCGCAGAUCCUGGGACCAGCAGAUCAGGCUGUGGAAGAUAGCCCUGCAUGCCUGGGAUCCUCCUCCAGAAGACACCUGGGACCUGCAGCCCGUGAGUACAGAACCCUCAGGAAGUUCCCAGGAGAGGUUCUGCAAAGAUCAGGAUGUUUCUGGCUCCUUUGUGUUUGAUGAAAACCAGAAGAGAAAUGAGAGUGAGGAUGAGUGCAGACAGGCUGAGUACACACCAGAGAGCCCCUGCUCUCCUUACUCUUCUCCAGUAUGGAAACGUAGAAAAAGAAGCAGCCCUGGCUCCUCUGUGGUUUCCAAGAGCAAAACCCAUUAUGAGAACAUACUGGAAAGUCUCACAGAACCAGGACAUCAGGAGGCCUUUUCAGAGUGCUCAGAGUGGGAAGCUUUCAGUGACAAUGAUGAAGUAAUGACAGUGCAGCAUGGUACAGAAAGAACAAGUGACCCAGUUCCAGCCAGUUCUUCUUCAGGAUGGAAUAAUCAGAAGCAGAAAAACCCCAACUUCUUUCUGCCUGACAGCAAAACUUGGAGAGAGACAGACUGCAGGCUGGAGAGGCUCAAACUUUGCAGCAGUUUGUUGGAUGGACAGCAGUCAGAAUACUCUGAAAGGGGAUGGGGAGGUGCAAGUGCUGAAGGCAGAGUAAUGAGGAAAAAAAUCUAAAUACCAAGUCUCUCCUUGUAUAUAGAAGUAUUGAAGAAGAAGAAGGACUUUCUCCUGUGACACAAAAUGGUUUGAGGAAUAGGGAUGUAGUCUGAGAUCAGCAAAUCAAGUCUUGGAAACCUGGUGCAGUGACAGAAGAGCUGCACUGACAGAGGAAGAGAUUUACAACCAGCAUCUGUGCAGUCCACACGAGGUGAAAUGUGCAGGUAAAAGCAGCACAGCUCUGUGCAGCUGAGCUCAGAGCCUUCCUCAUCUCCUAAGCAGUGGAACAGGUUGCCCAGGGAGGUUGUGGAUGAUGCUCCCUCCCUGGAGGUGUCCAAGGCUAGGCUGGAUGGGGUCUUGAGUAACCUGAUCUAGUUGAGCGUC